AUGGAGGGGAAUGCGCACAGACUGGGAGACAUGCCAGAAGGGAAGGCGAGCCAGCGCGAGCGCGACCUGCUGGCGCCACGCAAGUACCAGCUGGAGAUUCUGGCGGAGGCCAGGCAGCGGAACACGAUCGCGUACCUUGAGACCGGAACCGGAAAGACGCUCAUCUCGGUGCUGCUCAUCAAGGCGCUGUCGGCGGACCUCCGCAAGAGAAACGGAAAGAAGCUGGCGGCGUUCAUCGUUCCGCUCGUUCCGCUCGUGCAUCAGCAAGCGGAAGUGAUUCGUGUUCACACCGACCUGCGCGUGGGCCACUACUACGGGGACAUGGGCGUCGACUUCUGGAAAGCGGAACGGUGGGCGGAGGAGAUGGAGAAGAACCAGGUCCUGGUGUGCACGGCGCAAGUUUUGCUGAACGCCCUUCGCCACGGCUUCCUGCGCAUGGCCCAGCUGCGGUUGCUGAUCGUGGACGAGUGCCACCACGCGCACGGCCGCCACCCGUACCGCCAGAUCUUCACCGAGUUUUACCACGCUGCUGACGUGGCGAAUCGGCCGGCAGUUUUCGGCAUGACGGCAUCGCCCGUUAACACCCAAGGUGUCACCGAUCUGAAGGACUGCGCGCGCCAGAUGGCGGCGCUGGAGCGCACGCUGGACUGCACCAUCUUCGCACUCGAGGACCGGGACAGCAUCGAAACUUUCGCCCCGACUCCCAACGAGAUCGUUCUGCAUUACGAUUCGGAGGGGGUCGUCGAUUCCGGCCUGAUGAGACGCCUGCAGAAGCUGAUUCACCGAGCGGAAAGGGCCGGCGAGGAGGAGAAGAGGCGGGCGGCGGAAGCGGAACAGAAGAGAGUUGAGGCGGAGGCGGAACAAAAGAUAUCGGAAGCGGAAGCGGACGCGCGAGGAGUGAAAGACGGGGAUGAAGUGGGCGGGAAAGCGGCGGAACCCGGGAAAGCGACCGGAAUGGAAGCCGCUGCGAAAGGAGGUGACGAAGGUAGUAUGCAGAAGGAGGCAGCCAAGCCGGAAGAGCAAGAAAGUGCUGAGUGUUCCGGAUCCGUGGAUGGGGCCAGAACUGACGGACAAAGUGACGAAGCGGUCAAAGCGGCGGAGGUACCGGCUAACCCAGAAGCAGUCACGAGGCGGGCGAUCACCGAAGUCGUCGGGGAAGCCGAUCGGACAGACGGAACAAAGUUUGCGGCUGAGAAGCGGAAAGGUGGUGCGGAAAAUGGAGAUGGGGACGAAAAGCCGGACGAGAGUAGCUGCAAUGCCGUGUGGGGCGGAGCGGAACCGAUCGGAGCGGAAGCCGGAAAGCUGGCGGCAAGGCUGCUGACGCGGGUGAAGCACACGUGGGAGGAGCUGGGGCAAUUUUGCGCCUUCAAGGCGACGGAGCGGCUUCUGGCGCAGCUGUCGGAGGAGGCGGCCGCGGACGCGCUGGUGUUUGCGGGUUUGGACGUCGGGCGGGCGCGGCACGAGCGCGCGGUCCAGCGCUGGUUCCUGGGCCACGCGCGGACGCUUCUGGAGUGCGACGCGAGCGAGCUCCAAGAAGGGGCAAUGAAAACCAUCCUCUGA